CUUUCAAAAGCUAAAGAGUUCCACCGCAUCCCCUCCCCCUCUCUCCCCACCGAAACGAGCUCCUUUUAGUCCUCUUCUCGGCCUCCCGCCAUCUGUCGCUCGCCACUUGGCGGGUUGUUCUUCUUUUCAGGUCUCCGUUCCGUGCUCCUGCGACCGCGUCUUCCCACACCCCAACUUCCCACGAUGACUGCCGCCGCCACCGACAGCAGCGAGCCUGGGCCCGGCGAGCUGGCCGCCGCGCCGCCCUCGGUCGAACUCGAGAAGAUCUCCCCCGGCGCCGAGUUCCCCCCACCCGCCGCGCGCACCGACGGCGGCGGCCUCAGCACGGCGCCGAGCUCCAGGUCGGUCCUGCGGAAAUCGCGGACAGACAACUUCCUCGAGAAGGGCGCCCUGCUGCUUCGCGCCCUCGCUUGCCUCUUUUCCCUGAUCGCCCUCGCCGUCUUGGCUUCCAACAAGCACGGGGACUGGCAGGAUUUCGAUCGCUACCAGGAAUACCGGUACUUGCUGGCGAUCGCCGUGCUCGCAUUCAUCUACUCGAUGUCUCAGAUCCUGAGACAGGUGAACCGGUCAAGAACCGGUAAGGAUUUUGUGGCGGCACAGUAUUCUUGGAUCGUGGAUUUCGCCGGAGAUCAGGUGAUGGCGUACCUGCUGAUGUCCGCAUCUUCCGCAGCCAUUCCAAUUACAAAUCACAUGCGAGAAGCUGUUAUCAACAUGUUCACGGAUGCAUCAGCAGCUGCCAUCAGCAUGGCCUUCUUAGCCUUCGUAGCCCUUGCUUUAUCUGCUCUCAUCUCUGGCUUCAAAGUCUCCAAACAAAAUUACAUCUAGUAUUCUUUAAUCCCUCGUGUCUAAGUUAUCAUAUGAUGAUGAUGUAAACCAUGAACGAAGCUAUUAUUUUCUUCUUUUUGUAAUUUUGUUCUUAUGUGACCUUGUACAGUUGUCUCAAACUUGUGUGCCAGGUUUAAUUUGUUCCAAGUCAUUCUUGGGUGAUCCGGUUUUUGCCAUUGCUCUUA